GUCUUGUCAGUCGCGAUAGGUAUUUCAUAUAGAAUGUAUCGUGCUACGAAGAUUACACGAAUCAGUGGAAUGUGUCCAAAGUGUUAAAUAACAUUUUUAAUUAUAAUAACGAGAAACUUUUUGUCAUUCUAUCUUCGCUUAUUCUAAAUACAAUACAAAUAUGAGAAUUAAAACAGUUCCAAGACAUAGAAUGCUCCAAAGCAGUAUUAAGAUUGCAUCUGCAUCAAGAAGUUCUUCAGAGGAGAGUGACGCGGAUAUUGAAAAAGAUUAUGAUUCUAUAGGUGCAAUAAAUGUUCAAGAUUCAUGUCAGGAAUACGCGUUACCUUCAAAGAUUCUUAUUCCAAUUACGACGUUUACUAGUUCGAACAACGGAAUGACCUUCUCUUCAUCCACCAGCACGUUACCAUCGUUGAUUAACAACAAUAACGUGGAAGUUAUGAAUCUAUCAACAAAGGAUAAUCCUUCCAAUCAUACUGACGACAUCACGACAGAUACCUCCGCCGAGCCAGAGGACAAAUUAAAGGAUUCCUUCUUGUAUAAGAUCAUGACCGAUCCAAACUUUGUGAAGAAUAUACAAAGGAACAAACAAAAGAAAUUUGUUUGCAUUUUUUGCAAGGAGGAAUUCGUGACGUGUGAAGAAUUGACAAAUCAUAUGGAGGCGAGAAAGAACGAAAGUAAUCAAAUAGUCUGCUGCGCCUGCAAAAAAAUAUUCGCUGAGGAGAGAUACUUGAAGUACCAUCAGAGAUGUCACUCCGACAGGACUAAGUUCACCUGUGACAUUUGUACCAGGAAGUACACGAGGCUGGACAACCUGGCGAGGCACAAUGUUCUCCACGUGAACCCCGACAAGUUCUGCUGCUCGAUCUGCAACAAGACGUUUACGCGAAAUCAUCAAAAAAGUCAUCGCGAGGUAUCGAACGCUUCGAAUAUACUUGUUCACAAGUCUGAGAGUUCAGUUUCUUCUAAGAAUUCAAUCUGCAAAACUGAGAAUUUGGUUUCUGCCAAGAAUAAAGUUUACGAAGCUUAUGAUUUAACUUCGGGCGAGAGUUUAGUUUGCAAAACCGAUGAUGUAACUCACAGAAUUUAG